UUAUUUUUCGGUUAUUGUCGGUUAACCGAAUAACCGAUUUUCAGUUACUCGGUUAACCGAAGUACCUAUUAGGAGCUCCGACCACCGACCAAAGCAUAUAAUUUUCGGUUAACCGGUAACCGCCGGUUAUCGAUUGAACCGGCCGGUUAACCGGCAACCGAUAACCUAACCUCCAUCCCUAACCGCUGCCAUCACCACCAAGGUAUCAACCCAUCUUCUCCCUGCUCUCCACCUCCCUCUCCUCCAAGAACCCUCCACCGCCGCCAUCACCAUUCACCACCGAGACACCAACCCACCUUCUCCCCCUACUAUUCCAUACCCCACCCUCUUCUGAACCUCUCCAUCUCCCUCUCGUUCACCCUCCACCGCCGCCAUCACCACCAACCCACUAAUUGCCCCAUACCCCAAUUACAUUGUAUCCCAUCCUUCUCCCGAAAAGAUACUCCUGAUGCAACCUCCGUUAUAGAGAUGAAAAUAGGGCAUCUUCAGACCCAGAAUCCGAAAUCACAAACAUCGCUAGACUCGCGUGUUGGUGUUCCAGGUCUCCCCUCCAUCCCGACAAACAACAUCUCUCCGACGACAACGGAUGGCAGCGGACCAAACGUGACAAACCUCGGUGAGAUGAAUGAUGAAGGUGGUUGCUUCAUUCUCGAUUCAUCUUCCACGACCGCCAUUGGAAGGAUGAAAGGCGUGAUAUCUGCAGGAGGGGAGAGGGGUUUGGGAGAUCAUGGCCUCGUCGGUGAAGCUGCCUAAUUCACCCCUUGAAUUAUUCGGCUUCGAAAUCGAUUCGCCCCUUAAAUUAAUUGCAUGUUGGAAGAACUGAUUCCUUCUCUUGCCGGAACAGGAUGGAGAUUCUACUAGUAGAAGAAGAGGCAUAGACGGGUUAGAGGAAGAAUGGGAAGGGUCAUUGGGUCACGGGUUGAGAUCGGUUGGGUUGGGGAUUAGGAAUUUAGGAUACCGAUUCGUGAAGCUGGAGCGGGAGCGAGAACAAGAGAGCGUUUAUUUUGAAAGGAUUCUACUUUUAGAGCCUCAAAAGAGCGUUAAUAUUAUAUUAUUUAAUUAAAAUAUUAUUUAAUAUACUAUCAUAUUUUGU